UUUAUGUUACUUAUCUUUAACCGCCAUGCACACGCUGCUUGGGUUGCAUUAAGCUGAUACCAUCACAAUUAAGCAUAUGGUUGCAUAUGAUGGUCUGGAUCAAGGUGUUUAUUUACUGGCUCAGUAUUCUGUAUAAUCAUUGGCAAAAUUAGAAAAUCAGUAUUGCUUAAGCCGCCGAUUUUAGUACGAAUAGUGAAAAGUGGAAUUUCCAAUACUGCGGUAUGUGCUACCGCUGUUAACAGCCGGAUCUAAAGGAAUUCUAAAUAUCUCGCAUCUAAAGGAAUUCAAUCUUUGAAAAGAAGGAAAUCCGCAUUUCGUGACUCGCCAGUCAUGGUUGCAAUUUGGAUAACACUGCUUAUUUUUCCGCUUGUAUACUGGAUUACAGCGCUGCUAAGAAGGAAAUCUGCGAAGUUACCUCCGGGGCCUAAAGGCUUACCUGUAGUUGGCAACUUGCCCUUUUUGACGUCCCGGCCAUCGGAACGCUUCCGGGAAUGGUCAAAGGAGUAUGGCGACGUGAUGGCUGUGCAGAUGGGUUACCGUACCAUGAUUGUCAUCAGCAAUGUGGACACGGCCAAGAGUCUCUUCAACGAUGACAACACAACCGGCCGGGAUCAGCAUUUUAUUCUCAACCGAAUUCUGAAUGGAAAAGGCUUGGUUCCGGCUGAAGGCGAAUUUUGGCGGGAACAGCGCCGUUUUGCCUUAACCACCCUGCGUGACCUUGGAAUGGGAAAGACGUGGCUGGAGGACAGUAUUCUGGACGGCAUCAACCAGGUGAAAACCAUCUUCGCCGGCAACCUCAACCGGCCCUUCGAUCCCAGUACCCACUUGACCUUAGCAAUCGCCAACGUCAUUUGCGCUUUAAUCUUUGGCCGACAGUAUGACCAUUCCGAUAAAGAGUUUCUGCAUCUGACCAGUCUCUUUGAAGAGAACAUCAACAUACUGAACACCAUUGCGCCCACACAAUUUCUACCGUUUCUGAAGUUCAUUCCAUUUGGGAAACUUCACACAGCACAAAACAGUCUGCUAGGGAAUUUUCAGCAGUUGUGGAAUUUUGGUAAGGCGCUGGUGAGAGAGCACACGGAGGAACGAAAAAGCGGACAGGAAAAAGGCGACUAUGUCGAUAAAUUUCUGUCUCUUCUGGAACAACAGAGAGGCAGCAGUAACACGACCUUUACCGAUGAGCAGCUGCUGGCGUCGGUGCUGAAUCUGUUUGCGGCGGGAACAGGAACGACACAUGCGACGAUAAUGUGGGGCAUUUUGCUCAUGAUUAUUCAUCCCGAUGUACAACAAAAAGUUCACGAGGAAAUCGAUGCAAAAAUUGGACGCAAUGAACCGAUCCGCAUGGAGCACCGAAGUUUAUUGCAUUAUACGGAUGCUGUAACAUUGGAAAUUCAGCGUUUCGCGACCGUUGCGCCGUUAGGUGUCCCGCAUAAUAACUUUGACGAAAUGACUGUCGAUGGCUUUGUUAUUCCAUCCCGAACACUGAUUAAUUUGAACAUUUACGGAUUGCACCGGAAUCCACGAUACUGGACACAUCCUUAUGAUUUCUAUCCAGAACAUUUCCUCGACGCUACUGGCUCGGUGUUUAUUCCCAAGGGAUUCGCCCCAUUCGGCAUUGGUAAACGUGCAUGCCUGGGAGAAUCCUUGGCGAAAAUGGAAAUCUACCUGAUCUUCGCCAAUUUAAUGCAGACAUUUCAUUUUUCUUCCGCACCUGGAAGUUGUCCAUCCACUGACCACUGCACCCAGACAUUCUUACGGUCACCGCUACCCUUCGACGUUAUAAUGACUUUGAGGGAAUAGCAACUAAGCUUCUCCGCUGCUCCAGUUUGUUUUACGUGGGAUUCGUAAAUGCAAACAAAUAAUGCAGUAUGAAUGAUGUACUGCUCUUCUACGAGCUCACAAUUUAUUUGUAGUGGAUAGUUCUCAAUGUGUUUGUAGUACGAUGGUUCACUGCCGUAGUGGAAACGGGGAGAUCUUAAGAGUCAUCAAUUUUAAUCAUUUAGUAAGAUCCAUUUUAUAA